AUGACCAGCGCGCGGAGACCCGUCCCGACGCCGCUCAGGCGCUCCAUCAGCGAGCAGCUGCGGGACUCCACGGCCCGAGCCUGGGGCCUGCUGUGGAAGAGCGUCCGCGAGAGGCGGCUGGCAGAAAUCGAGGCGAAGGAGGCCUGCGACUGGCUGCGGGCGGCCGGGUUCCCGCAGUACGCCCAGCUCUAUGAGGAUUCACAAUUUCCCAUCAACAUUUUGGCUGUUAAGAAUGAUCAUGAUUUUCUCGAGAAGGACCUUGUAGAACCGCUUUACAGACGACUAAAUACGUUGAACAAGUGUGCCUCCAUGAAACUUGAUGUGAACUUCCAAAGGAAAAAGGGUGACGACUCGGAUGAGGAAGAUCUCUGCAUCAGCAACAAAUGGACUUUCCAAAGAAGCAGCCGGCGCUGGUCUCGCGUGGACGACCUCCACACGCUGUUUCCUGGGGGCGACAGGAACGGGUCCUCGGGAGACGUCAGGAUGAGAAACACCACGAGCAGAGAGAGCGUCCUCACAGACCUGAGUGAGCCCGAGCUCGGCUCCAUCCACAGCGGGAGCAGCGGCGGCAGCGACGGCCGCGGCCAGCCGGGCGGCCAGGGCGCUGGCCGGGAGGCGUGCGACGGCCCCGAUGGCCCGGGCGUGCCGGACGCCCCGGUAGUCAGCAGCGGCCUCCCACAGUCCCCCAGAGACGCUCUCAGCUACCCUUUCCCCCCCAAGAAUGAGAAGGCCAGCAGAGCCAGGGCCAAAUCGCUGCUGAAGCGCAUGGAGACGCUCCGAGGGAAAGGGGCUCAGGGCGGGCACAAGGGGUCCGGGCGGGCAGGGGGCUUGGUGAUCAGCGGGCCUGUGCUGCAGCAGGAGCCAGAGUCCUUCAAGGCCAUGCAGUGCGUCCACAUACCGAAUGGAGACCUCCGGCCCUCGCCCCCCGCCGCCUGCAGGAAGGGGCUCCCGAGCUCCAGCAAGGGGAGCGGGGAGACCAGCCCAGAGGAAGACGGCAGCGGGGGGCCGAGCACCCCUGGCCUGAAGGAACGGAAGUGCCAGGAGGCCGGCAAGCGUGGGGGCAUGUACUUGGAGGACCUCGACGUGCUGGCCGGGACAGCACUGCCGGAUGCAGGGGGCCGAAACCACACACACGAGUUUCAUUCCCAGGAGAACUUGGUAGUGCACGUUCCCAAGGAUCACAAGCCAGGAACGUUCCCGAAGGCGCUGUCCAUCGAGAGCCUGUCGCCCACAGACAGCAGCAAUGGGGUUAACUGGAGGACUGGCAGCAUCUCCCUGGGCAGACAGCAGGGCCCCGGCGCCAGGGAGCCCGGGCUCAUGGCAUCCUGCCACAGAGCAAGCCGCGUCAGCAUCUAUGACAACGUCCCGGGCUCCCACCUGUACGCCAGCACGGGAGACCUCUUGGACUUGGAGAAGGACGACCUCGUCCCCCACUCAGGCGACAUCCUGCACCAUCUCAGUGGGCUCCAGGAGGUAGUGGGUGACUGGUCAAGGAGCGUCCUGCCUGAGCUGCCCGCACAUGACACCUUGGUUCGGAAGCCUGGCUCAUGCCCCAUUCCGUCUUCUAGUCAGAUCGCCCUCGAUUUCGAAGGCAACUCUGUCUCCGAAGGUCGGACAACACCCAGCGAUGUGGACAGAGAUGGCAUGUCACUGAACGAGUCCGAGGCUACCGGGGUCAGAGACAGGAGGGAUUCCGGUGUCGGCGCCUCUCUGACCCGGCCAAGCAGGCGACUCCGCUGGAUCAGCUUCCAGCUCUCGCACCAGCCGCGGCCGUCCUCGGGGUCUCCGCACAUCAGCAGCCAGACGGCCGGCCAGCUGAACCUGCUCCAGCGCCUCUCGCUGCUGCGCCUCACGGCCGUCAUGGAGAAGCACUCCCUGUCCAGCAAGCACGGCUGGACCUGGUCAGUUCCCAAGUUCAUGAAGAGGAUGAAAGUUCCCGAUUACAAAGACAAGACUGUCUUUGGCGUUCCUCUUAUAGUUCACGUCCAGAGAACAGGCCAGCCGCUGCCACAGAGCAUCCAGCAAGCGCUCCGGUACCUCCGCAGCAACUGCCUGGAUCAGGUGGGCCUGUUCCGAAAAUCGGGUGUGAAGUCUAGAAUCCAGGCCUUACGUCAGAUGAACGAGAACUUCCCUGAGAACGUCAGCUAUGAGGACCAGUCCGCGUACGACGUGGCGGACAUGGUGAAGCAGUUCUUCCGGGACCUCCCCGAGCCCCUCUUCACCAACAAGCUCAGCGAGACCUUUCUCCACAUCUACCAGUACGUGCCCAGCGAGCAGCGGCUGCAGGCGGUGCAGGCCGCCAUCCUGCUGCUGGCCGACGAGAGCCGGGAAGUCCUGCACACGCUGCUCUGCUUCCUCAAAGACGUGGUGCACUCGGUGCAGGAGAACCAGAUGACGCCCAUGAACCUGGCCGUGUGCCUGGCGCCCUCGCUCUUCCAUCUCAACUUGCUGAAGAAAGAGAGCUCUCCCAGGGUCAUACAGAAGAAGUACGCCGCCGGGAAGCCCGACCAGAAGGACCUCAGCGAGAACCUGGCCGCCGCGCAAGGCCUCGCCCACAUGAUCGUGGAGUGUGACCGGCUGUUCGAGGUCCCACACGAGAUGGUCGCCCAGUUCCAUGAUUCCUACGUGGAGGCUGAGAUCCACGCUCCCACUCUGGAAGACCUGGGGGCGCAGCUGGAAGAGGGCGGGGCCACCUUCCACACUUACCUGGACCAGCUUGUCCAGGGCCUCCAGAAGGAAGCCAAGGAGAAGUUUAAAGGAUGGGUCACGUGCUCCAGCCCAGACAACACAGACCUCGCUUUCAAAAAGGUGGGAGACGGGAACCCGCUGAAGCUCUGGAAGGCCUCCGUGGAGGUGGAGGCGCCGCCCUCCGUGGUGCUGAACCGCGUGCUGCGGGAGCGCCACCUGUGGGACGAGGACUUCGUGCAGUGGAAGGUGGUGGAAGCCCUGGACAAGCAGACGGAGAUCUAUCAGUACGUGUUGAACAGCAUGGCGCCCCAUCCGUCCAAAGACUUUGUGGUCCUCAGGACCUGGAAGACCGACCUGCCCAAAGGUGUGUGCACGCUGGUGUCGCUGUCCGUGGAGCACGCGGACGCGCAGCUCAUGGGCGGCGUGCGGGCCGUGGUGAUGGACUCUCGGUACCUCAUCGAGCCCUGUGGCUCCGGCAAGUCGAGACUCACCCACCUGUGCAGGACAGACCUGAGAGGUCACUCCCCAGAAUGGUACAAUAAAGGCUUUGGACACCUGUGUGCGGCAGAAGUUGCCAGGAUUAGAAACUCCUUCCAGCCCCUCAUUGCUGAGGGUCCGGAAACUAAAAUCUGAGUUGUCCCGGUGUGACGCUAACUCAGGGAAGAGGGAGCGACGGCGGCGUGGGAGGCGGCGUCUGACUGACAAGCGUCUUAAGUGGAGACACUGGGAAGUCGGAAUGUGGAUGAUGCACAGAUUUCUGAGAACUUUCCUAGCCUUCCUGGAGAUGGCUAUAUCCCUACUAAUAUUAUAUUUUUUAAAAUCAAAACAUUUAUCUAUGUUACUAAAAUUAAAUGGAUUUUCCUUGUGCAUUGCCUAAUUUGCUAUUUAAAGGCUUCUAAGAAGCAUAUUCCUACCUGUAAAUAAAUGUAUGUAUAGCGUAUGUACAUAUGUUUGUA